AUGGAGCGAGUGAUGAGCGAAGCACCGCAGUCGUCUAUUAGGAGGAAGGAGUAUGAGGCCAAGAUGUCUGGGAUAAGAAGAAGGCAGGAAAAGGAAUUUAUGGAGAGGAAGAAGUCCAAUGCGAAAUAUGCCGAGGAAGUGACGGAAAAGCUCCUAGACAGGUACUACCAGCAGGAGAGAGAGGUUCUUGAGAAGAAGGCAAGCAUGGAGGGUGGAUUUUAUGUUCCACCAGAAGCAGAGUUUUUUGUGGUUAUCUUGAUACGAUCUAAGUGCAAGUGCUCACCUAAGGUUAGAAAAGUCUUGGAGCUCUUCAGGCUAAAGAGGAUCAACAACUGUGUGUUUGUCAGAAACAACAAGUCAACAAAGAAGAUGCUACAUAUAAUUAAGGACUACGUUGCAUUUGGAACGAUUGAUAUGGAACUAUUGAGAGAGCUUAUGUACACAAAAGGAACUGGGAGGAACGGAAGGACCCGUGUCAAGCUUACAAACGAGUUUAUUGAGGAUAUGUUUGACGGAAAGAUCAAGUGUAUUGAGGAGCUUGUGCAUCACAUUUACAAUGGAACUGAGAUGUUCAAGGAUGUCAAUAAUUUCCUAUACCCAUUCCAUUUGUCUCCACCGCGUGGGGGAUUCAGGUGUCAGAAGUCUAAGAGCUUCAAUGAUGGGGGCUCUGUUGGAAAUCAUCAAGACCUGCUAGGCAAUCUCCUCAGAAGGAUGAUUUAA